GUUGAAAAUGCUAUGGCGUAUUCCUUGACAUUGCUUUUGUCGUACGAAUUUAGUGGUGGAUUUAAUGAAGAGUCUACCGGCGCUGAUCAGUGCUGACCGUGUAUUAAUGCUUGUUUGUUGUAUUAAUUAUUAACAAUUUUACGAUUAUGCUAUUCGCAGUGAUCUGUUGGCAUUAAUGUGCUCGAUUCUUCGAUAUUCACCAAAUGCUUGAUUAGUGUGUUCUUGACACACUCGUAUUUACUUAACAUUCUCAUUUAACAACAUCUGGCAUUGGUGGGAUUUAUAUUACUGCAGUAAAAACAUACAUUUGCAAAGAUGGGUCGCAGGUCAAUAAAUACCACAAAAAGUGGUAAAUACAUGAAUCCGACAGAUCAAGCACGAAAGGAAGCUCGGAAAAAAGAACUAAAGAAAAAUAAAAAACAAAGACAGAUGGUUCGUGCUGCUGUUCUGAAAGGGAAAGAUCCUGUUCAACUUAUUGCAGAAAUGGAAAAAAUUGACCAAAUGGAAUACAAUGUUCUUCAACCUCCACCUUUGAAUGAAAAGGUUUUGAAAGACAAAAGGAAAAAACUGAAAGAAACUCUUGAUAGAGUGAUGACUAUGUAUGAUAAAGAUGAUCCAGAAAAAUGGGCAGAAUUGAAAAGAAUGGAAGUUGAGUAUGAGAAACGUAGAAUGGCAAUGGUUACUUACGCUGAAUCAGUUCGGCAUGCUCAGCAAGUUCAAGUGGAUGACAUCCCCUUGCCCACACUUCAGUUACCUAAUGAUCCAUCAUUAUACAUGGGUCUUCCUUCUCAAAUUCCUCUUCCUACGGAUGUUCCCAAUCCUUUGUUGGGUAUCGGAUUGCCACAUGCCGUACUUCCUGGUUUAACGGCUGUACCUCAGCCCUCUGUACCACUGCCCCCUACUCAUGGUAUCUUAAAGAAGACUUCUGCCUACACAAGUUUAACACCCAAAAAGAAGAAACCUCCUGGUGUACCUCCUGGUCCCCCUCCAGAUCUUUCAGACGAUGAAGAGGAAGUGGCGAAACAAGCUGAUGAUGGAUAUUCUUCGGAGAGAGAGCAAGCCCUAAAUGAACCAGAUAUACAAGCAAAGCUUGCUGCAGUUGCAGGACUUCCUCCUCCUCGUCAGCGUGUUAUUAGGUUUGCUGACGAUGAAAAUUCUCAAGAUGAUAAUCUUUCAAAGGGAUCUGAAAAUAGAAAAGAUAAAGAAAAGGAUACUGAAAGUACAGGAGAAUCAGGAGCUGCACCUCCUCCAGCUCCUAAGCCAACUACUUUGCAGCAGAAAAUGUUGGCAAUGGCUGGGCAAGACAUUGAUCAGUUCAUGAGAGAGAUGGAAGAAGUUCAUAGGAAACGUGAACAAGAUAGAGCAGCUGAUUUAACUGCACGUUUAUCUCUGCUGGAAGGAGAACCCCAAGAAGAAGACGGCAAGCAAACUAAUGCGCCGCCCCCAACUAAUGGUUCUAGUGUACCUUCAAAACCUCAGAACAGUGAAUCUGAUGAAUCCCAAAUCCUUCAGCCCCCAGGAACUGGAACAACUGAUUUAAGCCUGCCACCUCCUAAUAUUGCCUCUGUCCCUCCGACAAGCCAGACUACCAAUACUUCGUCAACGGUAACUUCAGUGUUACCUCCGGCUCCACCCCUUGGAUUACCCCCAAUGAUGUUCAGGCCACCUCCUUUGAGGCCUGGGUUACCGCCUCCUUUGAGGCUGCCUCCUGGCCCCCCACCAGGAAGACCAGGGCUUCCUCCAGGUCCACCUCCUGGCUUGCCUCCAAGACUUGGACUCCGGCUGCCUCCCGGGCCCCCUCCUGGUAUACCUCCAAGAAUGUUGCGAUUGCCUGGUCCACCGCCUCGACUUCCAUCAGGCCUUCCAAUUCCAGGACUUACGCUUCCUACAUCAGCUGGUCCUACUCCUCUGACAUCUAUUCAGAUUCCUUCUACUGGCAGCGCUGCACUUGCAACACCUAAUGUUUUGAGUGCUGCUCCGCAACUAAUAAAUCGAACUAGAACUGAAGCAGGUACCACUGAAACUCCUAAGAAACAACAAGGUGCAACUAUUGAAGCAAAGCCUCAAAUAAGAAAUCUGAGUGCUGAUGUGACCAGAUUUUUACCGACUGCAUUGAGAGUGAAACGUGAAGACAAGAAGAGGAAGGAUAUAAAAUCAUUAUUGCCAGAAUCAAGGCAGGAAGCAUUGGUUCCCAAACCAACUCCAGUGCAGAGUCAACAAACCAAAGAUGAUGCAUAUAUGCAAUUCAUGAGGGAAAUGGAAGGACUUCUUUGAGCCAUAGCAACCUGGAUAUUGUAUAUUUCCAUCAAUUGGAGCUUUCUUUACAAAAUAUUAAAUAAUUAUAGUACAAGUUAAUAAUUAAACUGUAUAAAUAAAAUUUUAUACUAGAAAUCUCAGUGAAUAUUUGAUUAUAAAGUAAAUAUAAUAAUUCUUGUUACUAAUGAUCCCUGAAAUUUAGUUCACAAAGAGGGUGAAAAAGACACAUCCAUCAGGAGGUGUAGAUAAAAGAUAAAAAAGUCUUAAUGUUUAUAGAGAGUUGGUUGAAAUGAGUGAUGAUGAGAGUUGCACCUGACAAAGUCGUCAAUGGGCGUCAAAAGUUUUGAGGGACAUCCAGUGGCCAAGCAUAAGGGUAGGCAGAGUAAACUGAGCUAUUGCAAAGAAUUUUGAAGAUGGUGAGAAAUAUCUC